AUGGCAUCUCCAAAAGGAGCCAACCCGGUGGAGGCUUCGAAACCGCCCGUGGCCGUGGCUCACAAGCAGAAAACCACCGCCUGGCGAGGCCUGAUGGACUACCUGUCUGCGCGACAAAUCACGCUUCCACUUAAGGUGCUGACCUACAUUGUGGUGAUGCACCGAUUCGCUGCCCUCCGACCAUACACCCGCAAGUUUUUCCACCUGCAGUACCCAAAACACGAGGUGGACGGCGUGGCCGCCUACUACUCGCGAGGCCGCGACGACAUUUACUUUGUGCUCACAGGUAUCUUAGCUCUCACGUUUUUGAGAGCUGCCUGUAUGGACUUUGUACUGGUGCCAAUGGCCCGGGCUCUCAAGAUCACAAAGCGAAAGCCGCAGCUGCGGUUUGCUGAGCAGGGCUGGGCACUCAUCUACUACACGUCGUCCACGUGGAUCGGCUUCUAUCUGUACUACCACUCGCCCUACUGGCUCAACGUGGAGGAGCUGUGGAGGGGAUACCCACACUUUGAGCUGGACCCUUUCUUCAAGGCCUACUACCUGAUCCAGUUCAGCUUCUGGGUGCAGCAGAUCUUUGUGCUUAACAUGGAGGAGAAGCGUAAGGACCAUUACCAAAUGUUCACGCACCACAUUGUCACCUGCGCGCUCAUGUGCGGCUCGUAUUACUACUACUACACCCGCGUGGGCCACCUGAUUCUUGUGCUCAUGGACGGCGUGGACACGCUGCUGGCGUCGGCCAAGAUGCUCAAGUACCUGCGCUACGACACAAUGUGCGACGCCAUGUUUGGGCUCUUUGUCAUUGCAUGGGUGGUGCUCCGCCACGGCCUGUACAACUACGUCACGUGGUCGGCCUACUUCCAGGCGCCAGUCUUGGUGGCCGAAAACUGUCUGCGCGAUGAAGAUGGCCAGGAAACGUGUUUCAACCCGGCCCUCCACCGCGUCUUUGUUGUACUGCUCAUUGCCUUGCAGAUCAUCACCUUGAUCUGGCUGUACAUGAUUGUGCGAGUCAUUGUCAAGAUUCUCAAGGGCGGAGGAGCAGAGGACAGUCGAUCUGACGACGAAGACAGCGACGAGGAAGAGGGGGAAGCAGAGGGGGAAGAGGAAGAGGAGGAAGAGGAGGAGGUAAUGGAGGAAAAAGUGUCUGACGACAACUAG